AUGGUGGACCUGGUCGCCGACGCCGCCGCAAAAGCGCAGUCGUCGCUGUUCACGCUUCCAUCCAUGACGCGACUGCUUGUGGACACAGAUAUUGCGUUGGUCCACGAUGCAAUCGCCGAUGUCCAACGGAAGGAAGGACAACCACCCCUGGAAGAGACGCGGCGGUCUUUUACGCUUGCUCAGCACACGACUUUUGUCCAGCUGACACGAAUUCUGAUGCAUCUCCGGACCAUGCUGCAAACAUCGGACAAGCUUGCCAUGAACUUGCUGCAAGCACUGGAACCUAUGAUUCACGACGUGCCGCUGCAUCCUGCCGAGCUUUCCAGAACGGCAAGUCGAAGUCAAGUGCUGCUGUUGUUUCUCUAUCACUGUCAUCCCCACCGCGUCCUUGGCUUCUUCUUCUUAACGUGUACUGCACCCCAAGAUAAAGCCAGCACACUGCGCAACCUCGUGAGCGUUCGCGACGUGGCCCUCCACCUCGUUCGUACUGCGAGCCUUUCAACGGCAACAACGACAACCACGCCCCACGCGACUCUAUGGUUUCAGCUACUAUCGCACACUGUUGAUUGUGCCAAAUCCUUCACGGCCACGGGUGGAGAACACGGGCGGCGCGGCCCGACGAAGCUCAGCCUUGCUGCCGCCGACGCCUCCUUGGCCAUCAUUCACGUAGCUGCAUUAAGCAUUGGCAGAAACGACGAGGAAGGAAGCGCGUCGUCAGUGGUUGGACCGCUCAAGGAGCUGAUCGCUCAACUCCUCGACGAACUUGUGGAAUGGUACACGGGCGUCCGCCAUCGCACGUUGUUCGUGGUAGCCCUGGUCUCGUUUCGCACAGCCACAUGCACGUCGACAGAGUGGGUCGACCACAUCCAUCACUCGAUUCCAGUGUUCCAGUCGGCAUUUCCCCACUCAACUCGUCUGCUCUCACGCAUGAUCAGUCAGCUGCGGCUGCACCCGACCGAGCCGGCACUGCGAAACGUGGUCUGUGCGCUGGGUCGCGUGCGGCCGUCAAAGCUGAGCCACGCAAUGCACUGCCAACUAGUCAACGUUGCGGUGGAUGCCAUGCGGGCAAGUGCAUCCAGUGAAGCGACCUUCCUUGCCACGACGAUCGUUGAAUUCGUCAUUUGCCAGCACUGGAUCACACACGGCCUGCUCUCUCCGCCGUGGGAGUGGGUUUACCCAGUGGAGCGAGCCCUUGUCGAUGGCGCAGCACUUAUUCCGGCCACUCCAGCCAUUGCCGACAUCGUUCGCGUCACCAACGUUCCCGUUGCGACGCUCAAGAUGGUCCUCGAAGCCACCGACACGUCCAAGUCAGUGCUGAGAAACGCCCUCACGUUGGUCCAGUACAUGAUGAGCGAGUCGCCACCUCAGAGUCUUGUGUGGUCGGCACUUCUCGGCACGGGGGUUGUGCGCUCGUCGCCUUCAUCUGUCAUCGCCACAGCCAAGCAGCUCACCAUGCCGGUACUGAUGCUCUGCGAUCAUCAUCCAUGUAUCGGCAUUCGACGUCAAGCUGCCAAACUCCUUUCGGCCUUGGACAUGUCGACGAUCGUGGCGCACUACAUGGCUCGGCUCCCAUCCAGUCACGCCGACACUAUCUUGGCCUACCUCGUCGCCAGUCGGACCGCCAGUCGAGUUGCUGUCGGGACCAUCGUGGCGGCAAUUCUCAACCUCGGCUUCCCGGCGUUCGCAACGCUUCCGAUACAGUCCCCUGCCGACAUCCAACCAGUCCAAGGAUCGUCGCAGUCGAGUGCGCCUGCGAAGCGUCAAGCCGCUUUGCAAGCCUUGACUCGGUGGCUGGAGCGCGUUCCACCGUCCAGUGUCGAUGCCAUCUCGGACGACCUCAUCGCCACCUUCUUUCAAAGCUCCCACGACUCGAUCUCGAUGGUCGUCUUGCGGGAGUUCCUCCGAUUGUAUCCAGCAACGUUUUCCCGUCAGCUGCCUGUGCUACAAUCUCGUCUGCAGCCACACGUUGGUGUAGUGUACGAGUCAUCCAGUCCGUUGCUGUUGGUGAAGUUGCGCCCCCUCUUGGCGCUGCGUCUGGCUCCUGUGUCAUGUCUGAGUAACGUGGCGAGUUCGCUCGUCCAAAUGGUGGUCGCACUUGUGUCGGAGGACGGCGAGAGCGAAGACAUUCGGAAAUUGGCGGCAGACAUCGUAGCGAAACUCCCGCCACGCACAGCAUUCCCGCUGAUUCUCCAGCGCUUGCAGCCGCUGCUCGCGCCCGUCGCGCCACCCGGAGCUUGGGCCGCCCUGUCAGCAUGGAACACGCUGCCUCCACUAGCGUCGUCGGCGAAAACGACGUCGCUCAUGGUGUACUGCGCCACCGUCUUCGUUGCGGCCCACCCAGAAUCACAACCGAUGUGGCUUGGCCCAGUCUUGGAACUCGUGCUCAUGGCAUGGGCAGCUCGAGUCCCAUCAGCCUCACAGUCCUCUGACCUGGUCGAGAGAGUUCAGCGCGGCUGCAUUGAGUGCAUGACUGUGCUCAUGCACCAUUCGUCCAUCCAUGCGUCCCACACCACGUUUGAGCAGUGGGUGCAGAGUUGGCUCGAGGGUACAUUUGAUGGAAGGAUGAACAUGCUCGAGACGCAGCGGCUGCUCGAGCUGCCCGCUCGUCUGUGUUGCUGUAAUGUCUUGCUCAAGUACAAAAUCCAUGUUUUGCAUGCGGUACUAACGUCAAGGACCUUUUCCAGCGCGAUUCCUCGCCUGGACAAGACUGCUCUGUGCACACUGGCGUCGCAAUCGCUGCCGUACAUACACGCGUGCCUAGCAAAGGAUACAUCCCCUGCGGUCUUGCAGUCGGCUUCCCUCAAGGUGCAUAAUUCCCUUCGUUCGUUGAACUCGAUGCGCAAAUAUGUAUGAUCUUCCAACUGCAGCUCCUCAUGACGCUCGCGAAAUACCAUGCCUUCAAUGACAACUUUGCGCAGUCCGUUGGCACCGACGUCGUCGACGCAACGGCCAAAUUGGUGGCAAGUGCCCAGAAUACACAGGUACGACCAUUCCCAAUGCCCAUGUGACUUUGGGGUGCAUGGCCAUGGGUAGGUGUCCAUGGAAGCAGCGCAAACCAUUGUCGUGAUCCUAACCGAGGCGAAAGCAUUGCCGCAUAUAUUGACCUCAGGAUGUUUGCAGAGUAUGGCACGGUAUGCGCCUGGAUGAUUCCUGAGGGCUAUGCUCCUGAUUUGGAUGCUGCAGGAUUCUUCAGGACGCCCGCGACAGCCCCCAUAUCGACCCCGACACCCGCGGCGUCGCGCGGACUUUGGUCGAUUCGAUCCGGU